AAAAUUAUUUUUCUUUGAUUAUUAUUGUCCUCCUGGUGGUAAAGUUCCAGUAAUUCCCAAAGGAUUAAGUGCUUGUCCCAUUCCUCCUAAUGGAUUAGUUGACGAAGGUAUCCUCUCGUUUCGUACUAUUGACAAAGCAAGUAGAAAAUAUGGGUUCGCUUGUCCUAUGUUCAAUUUGCGUCGAAGUGCCUUCACUAGUUAUAGUCUUUAG